AUGUCAAAUUCAAAACCAUUAUCACUCACAGAUGCCGUUACUACAUGGUAUAUGAAAAAAUUAAAGUCAAAGCCAAUUCAAACAAAGGCUCUUACUUCAGCAACACUUUCAUUCAUUAGCAGUGUUGUUGCACAAAAAUUCAUUGAAAAGAAAAAAAUCAAUUGGAAUGCAGUUGUUAAAUUCACCGUUUGGGGUUUAAUUUCAUCACCACUCGUUCACUACUGGCAUAUUAUUCUCGAUCGUCUUUUCAAGAAUAUUAAAGAUAAAUAUCAAUCAUGGGGCAAAUUAAUUGUUGAUCAAUUAGUAUUUGCACCAUUUAUCAAUAUUGCAUUCUAUUCAGUAUUAGCAAUUUUAGAUGGCAAACCAAAAUCAAUCCUCUUUAAAUUAUACUUUGAUCUCUUCCCAACCUUGAAAGCAAGUUGGAAAGUUUGGCCAUUAGCCCAACUCAUUAACUUUAGAUUUGUUCCAAGUCACCUCCGUGUUCUCUUUGGUAACCUUGUUGGUUUCUGUUGGGGAAUCUAUUUAUCAAUCCUUGCUACUAAAAAGAGAAACUAA